AUGUCGGCGUCGGCGUCUCAACGAAAAACUCUGAGCAUUUCUGAACAGUUGGAGCUCAUCGACGAUGUCAAAGUGAAGAAACUCAAACUGGCCGCUGCAGCCAAAAAGUACGGAAUCGGUUAUUCAACAACAGCAAAAAUUCUCAAGAAAGAAGACGAUCUCAGAUCUUGCAUGCAAAUGAACGGAAACACUAAUCGCAAACGAAAGCGCCAAUCCGUGCACAAGGACGUUAACGAAGCGCUUACACAAUGGUUUACGCAAGCAUGUGCUCAAGGAGCUACCGUCACCGAUCACGUCAUCAGGCAGAAAGCAUCACAACUGGCCGUAAAUCUUGAAGUUGAUUUUGAACCGAGCAAUGGCUGGCUCAUGCGCUGGAAGCAGGUCAAUAACGUUUCUUUCAAAAAAUUUCACGGCGAAUCAACGUCAGCAGAUCACGGUUCUGCCAACGAAUGGGUGACAAACGUUUUGCCGCAACUUUUUCGUGGAUAUGAUCCAAAAGAUGUUUGGAACUGUGAUGAAACGGGAAUUUUCUACAAAGCCAUGCCGUCUGGACCUUUGCGAUUUGCCGGCGACGAACAUUCAAAUGGGACAAAAGUUCCCAAAGACAGACUCACGAUGCUUCAGUUCACAAACAUGGACGGCAGUGAAAAGCAAGCUGUAGUUGUUGGUAAGUCGGCAAAACUACGCUGCUUUAAAAAUGUCAAAACUCUGCCGUUUUCUUACUUCGCUAAUCGUAAAGCCUGGAAGACUAGUCAGCUGUUUACUGACGUUAUGAAUUGCUCAAAAUCGAAAGAUUAUUCUGUUUUUGGACAAUGCAACUUGUCAUAA